ACUAUUUGCUAAAACCAAUUUAAAACCCCUACUUCUUCUGCGAUUUUGGGCGACUUCCAAAUGGUGUCGAAGCCGUCUCAGCUUUGGUUUUGAUGCGAGCCAUUACGGCUUUUUGGGUGUUGUUGUUUUGAAGUUGGUGUAUGUGACGGAGGAAAGCUCCGUUUUUUCAAAGGCGUUCUUUUGUGGAACAGAAACGGUUUCGAAAAUGAACCAUUUCAAUGUUCAGCACCAGAACGCCUCUUUUGUGGGCUGUGAAGACAUCAGAGGGUCUGCCUUUAUCUCUGAUACCAAGGACCCUGUGGUGUGCCCCAAGCCCAGGCGAGUUGGGAUUUUGUCCAACAGCCCCAUUAGGCCCUUGAGAUGGCAGAUGAGUCAUCAAUCUGAGUUUAGUGACUCAAAAGCUGGGGCAGAGCUUCUGGACCUCAUUCUCAGGAAGGAGGGCUAUGGAUUGGAGCAAUCUUUGAACGAAGUUGCCUCCUCACCCCCAUAUUUUUGUGGCUCCCCUCCCAGUAGGGCUGCUAACCCAUUAAUUCAAGAUGCCCGAUUCGGAGAUGAGAAGUUAACUCCUGUUUCGGCAUCUCCAUCCCCAUCAACUCUAUCAUCCCCACGCAAAGCAGGUUGUGUUAGAAUGAAGCACGGACUUAAACCCGCUGCAGUUAGAGUAGAGGGAUUUGAUUGUCUCAAUAGGGAUCGCCAAAAUUCCAGCAUCCCAGCAUUUGCCUAAACUUCAUUGAAAGAAGUGUACAUAGAAGAGCUAAAUGCCACCACAGCUCACAAAUACAGCAGAAUUAACAAGAGGGAGUUUUGAUAAUUUUUGGAGAAACUGCUAUCUAUUAGUAUUGUAUAUAGGAUAUGUGCUUUUGUUGGUGAUCAUCUCAUUGCUAAUGUCGCUGCUAGAGGUUUGAUGGAACAUCACUUAAGAGUGUCAAACUGGAGAGAAGGUAUGUAUAUGUUUAAAGCCUUGGCUCUGUUGUAAUAUAAGAUGGGUCUUGAUGUUCUUGGUAAUCACUAUGAAGAGUCUGUAUAAAACUAUUGGUUAUUUAGUUUGAUCUGUUACCCUGUAAAUGUAUUUUGGCAAGGCCUAAUGAUGCAAGUGCUCUUUGGAACUAUGGUCCAAUUUCGCGUUA